UACGCCGCAAAAUGGUCUUCGAAGCAGCCGAAGUUGAAGCUUAUGCGUUUGAGAGGAAUUUCGACGACAGCUACUGGGUAGAAUGGAUGCAAUUGACGGGAGUCAAAGUCGCGUUCGCCGCUUCCGUGCUCUACGUUCUGCUAAUAUUCGGCUUUCAAUGGUUCAUGACAACUCGCGAACGACUCAAGUUUCAACGUGCGCUGGUUUUGUGGAAUCUUGCAUUAGCCGUGUUCAGUGCGAUUGGAAGUUGGAGGAUGAUUGUGGCUUUAAUCAACGUGUUACACCACGGUACAUGGCAUGACGCGAUUUGUGAUUCAUCACAUUACAGUAAUGUUGUCAGCGGAUAUUGGCUAUGGGCAUGCACAAUGUCUAAAAUCAUCGAACUCGGAGACACUGUUUUUGUGGUGUCACGUAAGUCCAAACUGAUUUUCCUUCACUGGUACCACCACGUUGCGACCUUACUCAAUGUGUGGUGGGGCUACAGUGGACGCAUCAGCACAGCGUUCCUGUUCACCGUCAUGAACUUGACAAUACACGCCAUGAUGUAUAGCUACUACGCCCUCAGAGCCGCUGGAGUGAGAGUCCCCAAACCGUGUGCCAUGGUUAUAACAGCGCUGCAGCUCUCUCAGAUGUUUAUUGGUGUGUGGUUAUGUUAUUAUGUGUAUCAAGUUCAAAGUCAAGGCGAAGAGUGUCAUGUCAGCUUAUUGCAGUGGAGACUGAGUGGUCUCAUGUAUCUGAGUUAUUUUGUGCUUUUUGCAAACUUUUUUUAUAAUACGUAUAUGAAAGGCAGACAAGGCACAAGACGAAGUGACGCAAAACAAGAGUAGAACUUCAUUUACGCAUUUAAAAGAGUUCCUUUUGUACCCCACCCCUAACCCUAACACUAACCCCACCACUACCUCUCAGUUCCCCCAAUUUAAUUGGAUACACUCCUAAGGACAUGAUAUACAAUUGAAUUGGGGGACUUAUGAGGGUGAGGGUUAGACCGGAGGAAGGAAGAAAGGAACUCUUUUCCUUAAUUCAAAUUAUUCUCUGUGGCUUGAAUUAUGUAUUGUAGUUAAUCAUUUGACAAAAUAAAUUAAAUAAUACAA